UGCAUGUAUGACCUACAAUAGACGACAAUGACAAUGAAAGUGGCGAAUUGUUUUGGUGGUUAUGUUCUUCUAACUGUCCUCACUCUGUCGGUGGUAGCAGCAACAGAUCCUGCACUGCACGACACUUUCUUCGAAUGCCUUAAACAGAACACAAAAACAGCUUCAGAGGAACUAUCCAAGAUAAUCUUCACCAAAAACAACCCCUCCUUCACCACCGUCCUCCAAAACUUCGCUCGAAACAAGCGUUUCAAGACGCCCAUGACGCCAAAGCCGUUACUCAUCGUCACUCCCCUCGAAGAAUCGCACGUGCAGGGCGCCGUAAUCUGCGCCAAAACUGCAAAACUUGAAAUGAGAAUCCGAAGCGGUGGCCAUGAUUACGAGGGUAUCUCCUACGUCUCCAAGGAACCCUUUAUGAUCCUCGACAUGUCCAAGCUUAAUGCGAUCACGAUCGACGUAAAAAAGGAGGUUGCAGUGGUCCAAGCUGGAGCCACCACGGGAGAACUUUAUUAUAGGAUAUGGGAGAAGAGUAAAGUUCAUGGAUUCUCCGCAGCGGUGUGUCCCACUGUUGGCCUCGGUGGGCAUAUCAGCGGAGGAGGGUACGGUAACAUGUUGAGAAGUUUCGGUUUAACCGUGGACAAUGUGAUUGACGCGAAAAUUGUCGAUGUGAAAGGAAAUCUUUUCGAUAAAAAAGGCAUGGGAGAAGAUCUGUUCUGGGCUAUUAGAGGAGGUGGAGGAGCGAGUUUUGGAGUGGUAGUGUCGUUUACCAUUAACCUUCUUCGUGUGCCUGAAAAGGUUACAAUUUUUCGCACUGAGAAGACUUGGGAUAAUAAGACCGCUGACUUUGUGUUGGGGUGGCAGAAAAUUGCAUCAGUGACUGACAAGAGACUUUUCAUGAGGUUACUAUUGCAGCCAGAAGGGAAAACCUUAAAAGCGACGAUUGUGGCUUUGUUUCUAGGAGGGGCCGAUGAGGUUGUGUCGCUUAUGGGGAAGGAGUUUCCCCUUAUGGGGUUGAAGAAGGAGAAUUGUAGUGAGGUGAGUUGGAUAGAAUCUGUUCUUUGGUGGAACGAUCCCAAGAGUUUAGAAAAUGGUGACAAACCUGAGAUCCUAUUGGAUCGGAAACCGAACAACGGCAUUUUCUUGAAAAGAAAAUCUGAUUUUAUUGAGAAGGGUAUUUCAAAAGACGGGUGGGAAACGAUAUUCAAGAGAAUAGUUGAGUUGGGGAAGACGGGGAUUGCUUUCAACCCUUACGGAGGGAAAAUGGAUGAGAUUGCUCCUGAUGCGACGCCGUUUCCUCACCGUAAAGGGAACAUGUUCAAGCUUCAGUACUCUGUGAACUGGGUUGAUCCUUCGGUUGAGGCGGAUAGGAAUUACACGAAACAGGCUAAGAAGUUGUUCAAUGUGAUGACACCCUAUGUUUCAAAGAAUCCCAGAGGCGCCUUCUUCUGCUACAGGGACAUUGAUACAGGAUUGAACACCUUUGGUAAAAAUAGUUACAAGGAAGGACAGAUUUAUGGGACUAAGUACUUCAAAUCUAAUUUUGAGAGGCUCGUUAAGAUUAAGACUGCAGUUGAUCCUCAAAACUUCUUCAGGAAUGAACAGAGCAUCCCUGUUCUUAAUGCCACCAAUGCAUCCACGCACUCCUUUUAUGUAUCUUUUCGAGGAUAA